ACAGUGAACACAAGCAAUCUCUCUCUACACGAAAAUGUCCCAAAAGAACAACAUUUUUAUUCCAAUUUUGGCGGCGCUAUUUCUGGCCUUUCUGGUGGGCCAAACCGUAUCCGAGUGCAAUGUCUGUCAAUCGAAUAAAGUUGCCUGCAUCAAUUCCACUUCCUUCUAUCUGUGCUUUGGCGAUGGAACACCUCACACGGAUCAACUCUACCACUGCCUUGAAGGCUUCGACUGCACAAAUCUGACAGCGAUCUGUACCCAGAAGAGCAACCAGCGGCCGCCCAGCUGUGGGGACACCUCCCAGUGCGGUCAGUGCAGCGCCCAUCGGAACUUUCUGUUCGCCUGCCUGAGCCGUGGCAUCUUUCAGAUGUGCUAUGGGGCCGUCAGUCCAACAGGGAAGUUCGGUUAUUGUCCCACUGGCAUGGUUUGUGAUGCCAGCACCGAUAGUGUCUGUGUUCCUGAGGUGGCGAAUCAAACGCUGACCUGUGACCUCAACGAUCAGCUGGUGGAUACGACAACAGCAUCGCCGACUACCAGUACAUCACCCGACCCUAAUGAGAGUACAGAGAGCACCGCCACAGUACCUACAGUACCAACAACCACUGUGAAACCCCUGACCCCCUUGGAAGUGUGUACGCAGCACCUGGAGACGGGCCUGUAUCCCACAGAUCCUCCGGAUACCAGUUGCAAGCGAUACAUCAGUUGCUACAUUAAAAAUAGCAUUGUUGUUCAAGCCAAGGAAUACGAUUGCCCGACGGACUCCUAUUUCGAUGCAGAGAUGCAGAAGUGCUCAUACAUGAAGCCUGCUACUUGUAUUUAAUAAACUAUCAAA